CUAUACCUACCACUGCUGCCUCCACCAAACUAACAGUCUCCUAAAACCCUUUUCAAACCCGAGGAACACAAACCGACCUGGUAACCCCUCUUUGAACCCGAAAAGGAGCUCGUCUUUGGGUGUUGCUUAUCCACCGAAAUCGCGGUGGAUUUUAAUCGACUGGACAAUCUCACGUUUCGGCAGCCAAGACCAGCAGCAGCAGCACCCAGCCCAGAGAGCCUCCUCCGAUCGGAAGCAGAGAAGGGCAACGGCGGCGGCGGCGGAGCAGCAGAUCGGAGAUGGGCGCGGAGUGCCGUUACGAGGUGGCGCAGGCGGCGUACGUCAAGCUCUCGAUGCACGCGCUCAAGCACCCGGCGGCCGCCGUCAACGGCCUCCUCGUCGGCUGCCUCGUCAAACCGUCCUCUUCCCCUGCCGUCAUCUGCGUUGUCGACGCUGUGCCGCUCUCCCACCACCCGCACCACCUGCCGCUGCUCCCCACGCUCGAGCUCGCGCUCACCCUCGUCGAGGACCACUUCGCCGCCCAGGACGGCGGCCUUGCCGUCGUCGGGUACUACCACUCCAACCCGCGCCGCGAUGACGCCGAGCUCCCGCCCGUCGCCAAGCGCGUCGGGGACCACAUCUUCCGCUACUUCCCUCGGUCCGCCGUGCUGCUGGUCGAUAACAAGAAGCUGGAGGAGGCUGUCAAGGGAAAGUCUCGCGACCCUGUCGUUCAGUUAUACACAAGGGAUUCAUCAAAAAGUUGGCGGCAGGCUGGAUCAGAUGGGAGCAGUCAGCUGGCUCUAAAAGAACCUUCUACCAAUGUUGUCCUAGCUGAUCAUGUUACGACAAAAAAAUGGGAGCAAAUUGUUGAUUUCGACGACCACCUUGAUGAUAUCAGCAAGGAUUGGUUGAACCCAGGCCUCCUUGACUGAAAUAAUUACAUGAUUUGAUCUUUUUGUUUACUUUAUUAUUGAAACUUGCUAGAAGUGGAGGUGCCGAGGCUUGUCCUGCUGGAUCAUGGACUUUGCUUAGCAUGGAUUGUGUUUUAAUGUAAACAAGUGAUUUUGUAAGAAUUAUAGUAGCUGAAAAUGCUAAGAUUGACAUUGA